AUGAGGAUACGCUUCAAUAGGGAAGCUGCUGGUAACUUCUCAUUGGGUUUCUGUGAUUCCAUCACUAGUGAGAAUCUCACUGUUGAUCGAUCCCGUAGUAGAGUAUGUGGUAAGGGUAUUGCUAUGGAGCCAAUAUCUGGUAUUGUAUACCACACUGGAACACCUGUAAUGGGCAGCAUGGCUAGGCCUGUGCCCAUAGAAGAUCCUGGGGGAGAGUGUCUGGUACAGCAGUAUCAUGGGAAGGGAGCGUACCUAUACAAAGCACCUCCUUUACGGGUGCUAGUCCAGGGCAAGAUAGCUCAAGGAGAGUAUGGUAUCCUUGCCUCUGUUGCCAUGCCCUAA